AUGGCAGAUGAGCGGCCCUCCAAGCGUGCACGUCAAGCCUGUGAGCCUUGUCGACGUAAGAAAUCACGUUGUCCGGGAGAAAAGCCUACAUGCUCUUUCUGCGAGCGGCUAGGUCAGAGAUGCGUAUACUCUAUUGGGGAAGUGGAAAAAGACUCCAGCUUUGCCAGAGAUAUAGAGGAUCGUGUCUCUAGAAUCGAAAGCAAACUUGAGCAAUUGAUAGACUAUAUUACUCGGCAACAAAGUCAAACAAGUGAUGUUUGCCCGUCUUCUACAAGUUUAUCUGCAACUCAGCCUGCCCCAUCGAAUCCCCAGGAUUCUGGCGCAAUCUUCCGAUACUUCGGCCCUUCAGCUUUAUCUAACUUUUUGCAACUCGCAGCCUUUGCCUUUAUUCUACUCGAGGCUUCCAGCCUUCGUUUCAAGGGGCGGGGCAUUAGGGAUAGCCAAGUCGAGCUUGAAAUCAAGUCUAAAACCGAAAAAGCAGUUCAAAUAGUCAUGGAACGGCUAGCUAAUGGGACUGUAGAGUUGUCAACUAUUCAGACGCUCUGCAUUCUGAGCAUGCUAGAAUAUACAGCUGGUCAUUUAGUUCGGGCGGGGUUCUAUACUAGGACAGCCUGCUUCUUAAUAAAUAAUAUCAGGGGUCAAGACCUGGAGUCCUGGAACACCUUGGAGGAAUCUGAGCACGAUGAGCGAAGGGCAUGCCACGCAAGUGUGAUAAUACUUCAAAACAUCCAGGGAUCUGUGCAACCAACGCCUCUCAAAGAUAUUUCUAGUCCGCUGGAAACCAUGUUACGGAAAGACCUUAGUCGCAGCAGCAGCAGCUCAAAGCUAGAUAUAGGUCUCAAUAAAGCUAAUAUGCAUAUCAGCGACGGCUGGGCUUUGGCAUGCAGAUACGCCAUGGAUCCUGUCACAGUCGACGUGCAUCCCCCUUGGCAUCCACAAUCAGAUUAUGCAAUGAUAACCUACCGGCAUACCGAGCACGAGAGCUGCAUGCCGCUGAAAUACCGACUUCACGCUAGCCGAUUCCAAGAACACCCACCAGCUGAGCUAGAGGCGCAUCGCGACUACUGGGGGCCUUGGAUUUUCUUCCAGAUUGCCUGGCAUGCUGUACCUUGCAUCCUCAAUCAUCCAUUUCUACUUUCUAUGAGAUUGAGGAGCUUUCGACGAACGAUGCCACAGUCCUUCCUCCGCAAUUCUUUUGAACAGCUCACUUUGCACUCCGGCUGGAUAGUGCAUCUUCUUGAACUUUUCGAGACGAAGGGCUUUGAGGUAUCGGACCCAACUAUAGGUCACUGUGUGGCUGUUGUUGCGACGAUCCAUCUGCAGCAUAGUUUUACCGACGAUCCUGUAUUCAACAACAAGGCACAAGUAAAUUUCCGGAAAUGUCUUCGGUUCCUGCGCGGUAUGGGCACCCGAUGGCCACACAUUGAUCGACAGGUCCAUCAACUCGAGCAGCUACGAAACAGCAUCUCCCCUGGCGGUCUAACUACAGAAUCCAUUUCAUCGGGAUCUAACUCGCGAAGAAAAUGGUCCGUGAAUUUACAGCUACUGUGGAAAAUCAUCGUCUAUACGCAUGCCGCAAAGUUGCCGGACUCCACAGGAGAUAUCUACGGACCAGUACUAGCUAAAGAUAGCCUUGGUAGCUCUGGGGUGUCUUCAGUCAAUAUUGCUGAACCUGACCUCGCUCUAAUUGGGUCUGCUGGCAUUGCAGGACAUAAAACAGUUGCCUCGGAGUGUGUGACCUACCCGCCAGAGCAAACUGAACAUGCAGCCCAGUUACACCAAGAGCUGAGCAAAACAUCUCCGGCAAUGGACGUUCCAAAUUUAAUAGAGGAUCCGAAUUUCGAAUUCCGCGAAGGAGAGGCAUUGUUCUUGCAACUUCAAGAUUAUGAGAGGGCGUUCGAAGACUGGCUUAGCUUGAACCCCAUAUCGGAAUAA